AUGCAACGAAACUCACCAGCAGCCCAGCCCAGCGCAGUUCAGCCAUUGAACAGUGAUCCCCUGGCCCUCUUCCUUGCAAGCGGAAGCAAGUAUCGAUAUGACGACUAA